AUGGCUAGAGUAACUGGACUUUACACCAUCGAGCACUUGACUCCCAAACAACACCUCGCAAAGGGCUGUCUCCAAAUUUACUUGCUGCACCCCCACAGUGGUUGUGGAACUCUGGCCGUGCUGGAACAAAACGAAGCUGGGAUUGUUUUGCUCAGGAGUUUUGACUGGAAUGACGGCCUGUUUGAUGUGACCUGGAGUGAGAAUAAUGAACAUGUGUUGAUCACUUCUAGCGGAGACGGAUCUCUGCAAAUCUGGGAUACAGCUAAAACCAAAGGUCCGCUGCAAGUCUAUAAAGAGCACACUCAGGAGGCAUAUAGUGUUGACUGGAGCCAAACUCGAGGAGAGCAGCUAGUGGUGUCUGGUUCAUGGGAUCAAACAGCCAAGCUGUGGGAUCCAGCUGUGGGGAAAUCAUUACGCACUUUUAAAGGCCACGAAGGGGUCGUUUACAGCACUAUAUGGUCUCCACACAUCCCGGGCUGUUUUGCAUCUGCCUCAGGUAAAGGGGGUUCUCACAAUUUUUAAAAGCACC